GGAAGAGUUUCACUCUGACCAUCACGGUGUUCACCAACCCUCCCCAGGUGGCCACCUACCAGAGAGCUAUCAAGAUCACCGUGGACGGGCCCAGAGAACCACGCCGCCACAGACAGAAGUUGGAGGAUGUGAAGACGGGAGCAUUGGCCUUCUCCGAGCGUCUCAGUGAGCUGGAGCAGCUAAGGCGGAGCUCCAUGAGGGUCACGCCCCCUCACCAUCAUCACCACCACGCCCCCACUCCCAAUCCCCGGCCCGCCCUGAACCCGGCCCAGUUCAGCAACCCCACACACCACACACAGAUACCAGACUCUAGGCAGAUGCAGACAUCUCCGUCGUGGUCCUAUGAGCAGUCCUACCCCUACCUGGGUCAGAUAACCACACCCACCGUCCACUCAACCACACCCAUCUCACCCAGCCGCUCCUCCCUCAGUGACCUGUCCAGCCGCCUCUCAGGCCCUGACCUCACAGCCUUCAGCGACCCCCGUAUGUCCCUGGAUCGCCCGUUCUCCUCCCUGACAUCGCUCCCUGACAGCCGCUACCCUGACCCGCGCAUGCACUACCCUACUGGGGCCUUCACAUACACCCCUACCCCUGUAUCCAACGGCGCCAUCGGACUGACCAUGGCAACCACCCCUGCUGGGCGUUACCACACCUACCUCCCCCCGCCCUACCCCACAAACGCCCCCCAGGGCCAAGGUGGACCGUUCCAGGCCGGUUCCUCUCCCUAUCACCUGUAUUAUAGCACGGCCGCUGGGUCCUACCAAUUCUCCAUGAUGGCGGGGGGAGGCGGGGAGCGGUCUCCUCCGAGGAUAUUCCCUCCCUGCACCAACGCAUCCAUAGGCUCCUCCCUCCUGCACCCGUCUCUGCCAAAUCAGAGCGAAGGGGUGGGGGUGGAAGCGGAGGGAAGUCACAGUAGCUCCCCUACCAAUAUGGUACCCGAGGCCGUAUGGCGGCCAUACUGAGCACAGCAGCGGGGUUGACAAAUGAUUGAUGGACUUGCUGGCUAAUUGGAGUGGAGAAGGGGCUUUCACAGAGCGUUCCUAUUGGAUCAUUAGAAUGAUCAAGGAACAAAUUGAGGAAGGAACAGAAACAGGGUGCCAUUUUACACCGAGGAGCAUGCAGCAGCACUGAACUGAAAAUAAUUCAGCUUUGUUUUAUAAAAGGAUUGUUUGCCAUGGUUAUGAUUGUUGUUGGUAUUAUGAAUUACUCGUGGCCAAAAAUACAAUGGGUGAUUUUUAUGUGCCACAGGCACUCCCCUCCUAUCCCACCUUUCCUUGUACCUCCUCCCCCUCUCCUCCCUUAUCCCCCUCUCCCCUCGCUCAAAAUGGAGAGAGUGCUGUUAAUGUAAAUUAUGGUCAGCCAAGAUCUGUGUCUGUUCUGUCAUGUUUGUAUUGGUUUAUGGCCGUGAUAUUGUCUGCACUGAUCUACAAUCAGCACUGUUAGUCGAUUCACAAUGGUUAAGGGUAGGAAUUUACAGGGAAUGCUGUACCAAGUUCAGUGCUUAUGGACAUUGUACUGUCACACCAAACUGUAACAGGUCGUUUGCUUUAUGAUUCCUUAAUUUAUUCUCUUACAAUACCUUUUUGGUUGUACGGUGUGUGUGUGUGUGUGUGUGUGUGUGUGUGUGUGUGUGUGUGUGUGUGUGUGUGUGUGUGUGUGUGUGUGUGUGUGUGUGUGUGUGUGUGUGUGUGUGUGUGUGUGUGUGUGUGUGUGUGAAGGAACAGAUAAGGCCUACAUUGCCACAUGAUUCACCUCAUAUUUGUAAAUAGUCUUUAAAUGUAAAUGACGACAUUGUCCAUGUUCGAUGACAUCAUUGCCUCCCACACAGGUAUGUCACAGCAACAUCAAAUAUGCCUUUUCUCACAUUUUGUUUUACUUUAUGAAUAUAAAUAUUGUUGUAAAGAAAAUAAAACCAGUCUUUUUGUAUUUUC